UGUCUGGGCUUGCUCACCUUGAGAAUACUCCUGUGUUGUGUUUACCGUACCGGCUACUGCAAAGUGAAAAGUGUUCCAGUCCUCACAAACUUAUCUCCGUUUGUUCGAACCAUUCUUUGUUCUUCAGAUCUCUACGAAACGUUUUCCAAUCUGACUUGAAAGUGAAGUGCGUAUUUGUGAACUAUGGCCCGGGCCAAAUACUGGAAGAAGAGUGAUGUUAUCAAACUGAUAGAAAUCUACAAGCAAAACAAGGUGUUAUGGUCUCCCAAACACUGUAAAUUCACCAAUAGGAAGGCCAGGCUACGAGCAUGGAGUAGGAUCAGCAGAAAUAUGGGGUUGGAUCAUCUAACUGUCACCAAAAAAAUAAGGCAACUAAAACGAGAUUUCAAAACAACAGUUGAAAAAUCUCUCGCCGAUCCUUAUAAGAAGCCAAAAUGGUUUGCCUAUGAGUUGCUCAUGUUUUUGAAAAUGGACUAUCCUUCACAUGAGAUUACAGUCGCUCCUGAACAAACACCAAUAAUUGAAACUGAGAGUUCAUCAGAAGAAGAAGAAGAAGAUGAAGAUGAUGAUACGGUGUUUAGUAUGGUAGAUAAGGUGUCUGAAACCACUCUAAAAACUGAUUGUUUAUCGAAAGAAGUAGACUACAAGGUUUCUGGUGAAAAAAAUGAGACUGAAGAGGCACAUGACAUGAUAUCUGGUUUCACUGAAAAAAUCGUAAUCAAAGAAGAGCCUGUAGAUCCAGAUUUCGCAUCAGAAUCUGAAAGCACAUCAAUGGAAAUCAAUGCUCAAGAAACUGGAAAAAGUUUUCACUCAGAAGAAAACAGUGUCACUCAAGAAACUGAAAAAAUUGUUAUCAAAGAAGAACCAGUAGAUCCAGAAUACGAAAACACAUUAAUGGAAGUCAAUGCUUGGAUCACCUUGAAUCAACCUGAAGAAACUGCUGAGGAUGCACAUUCUGAGAAUCACACAAUGCCGUACAAAAGGCCUCCUCAAGGUGCGAGCAUCGAGCUGGCACUUCAAAAGCUGGCGAUGCGAUCUGAAGUGAGGCUGAUAAAGCUCACUGAAGAGGAACUCGCUUUCUGGGCCCAAAGGAGAGCGCCCAAGAAGAAAAGAGCCAAGAGCCAGGAGCUGACCUCUCCGUCACCAGCUACAACCACCCUCUCCCUCUCCAGUCCGGCACCAAUCACUUCAACAGACUCAAAAACUGGCACCAAAAGGAAAUCACUCAACAAUGUAGCGGGGCCCAGGAAGAAGAAAAACAGUGAUUCAAGGAUUACAACAAACACAUCCACUGAACAAACCACUCAAUGGCGACUGGAUGCAAACAAUAGUGUAGAUCCCACUCAUGAGACAAAUGAUGGAGACAAUAGUGUGGCUCCUAUUCAAUGGAGAGUUGUUGGGAACAAUAGUUUAGCUCUCACACAAGAGACAGUUGUUGCAAACAAUAGUGUAGCUCCUAUGAACAAUGACUCUCAACAGAACACAGGUCCUGACACAUCAAGAACUACUGCAAGUUAUAAUAAUGAUACAAAUAACAAUGGUGACUCGCCUGGGUGGCAUCUCAUCAACAAAGCCCCAAACAAUCAUGCGCCUGUUGCUGGUUUGAAAAAAGAAACAGUUGAUGACACAGCAACAGCCCAGAAGACAUUGGAAAUAGUGGAGAAACUGUGCGAUCGUUUGGCAAAAUCCCCCACCUCUGUUGGAGAAGAAAGCACAAAUACAGCUAAGGCAAUUGAAGCGAAUCUCGUGAGGCUUGAUAACUUUCAUUUCAAUUCCUCAAUUAUGUCUCUUGUUGCAAAGCUUUCUGAAAUCUUCACAGAUGCCAAUCGAGUGAUUACUGACUUUAAUGUCAGAAUUAACAAGAUUGCAUUCAUACCUGUAGUAUCUGAUUUGGCGAAACAGCGAACUGUCACAUUGUUGAAGCAGGAGUGUCUAACUAUUCUGACAACACAUCAUGCUAUUGGAUUCUCGAGAGUGUUUGAACAGGUCGUCAACCAAUUUGGAAUAUCAUUUCGAUGGGAACUGGUCAUACUACUCUAUUGCAAAAUCCUGCAACAGUACAAUCAAUCAACUAACCAAAAUGGUCUGAGACAUUUUCUAGAAGCUAGAAAUACCAUGGCUUUCUUAUUGUCUGUCUCAAAUUAUAGAAAUGAAUUGGUUUUUAAAGUUCUCAAUCUCUAUCCUAAGAUGUUUGCUUCACUAAUCAUUUCAACUCUGGCUGCCUUGAAAAUAGAUGUUUGCUUGAUGGAUUUGAAACAGUUGGCAGAUAAGGAUUGGAAAAUAAGUCAAAGUAUGUUCAAGGAUGGAGUGUUCCAUUCCAAUGAACUGAUUCAUCCCAAACCAACAGGUGUUACUCCUCCAAACAGUGACUCAAUGCAAACAAUACCACAAUCAAAGGAAAAUCAUCAAUUGCCUAUGUUUGAAGUGAAGCAUCCUCAGUGUUCCAAUGCUGUUACUCCUAAGCCUAGCUCUUCCCAACACUCUCCUGCUACCAUUCCUAAGCCUAGUCCUCCUCAGGAUAAUAACCUUCAACAACAAAGACAAUACCAAGAAAUGAAACAAAACUGUAUUCCAAGUCAAACUAACAUUCUACAAAAAACCUUGCAAUAUCCACCACUAAAUGCAGCAUUGAAGUCUGAAAAUGUGCAUACUAUCCAGCAUCAAUUAGGAUAUCCUCAUAAACCAAUUGGAGUUCAACAAACACAACCUCAAGAUGGAGUUCAGCAACAAACACAACAUCAAGUCAGAAUUCAUCAACAAGCAGUUGGAUACUCCAAUGUAACUAACACGGAAGUGAAGUCUCAGAUCCAUGAUACCACUCUCAAACCACAACUUGGCCAUUCACAGGUGCCAUCAUUGAAGAGUCACUAUCUCAAUUUGAAUCCAGUCAAUCAGCAGGGAUGUCAUCAAGAGCCAGUCAAACAACAAGAGCCUCCCAAUCAAAGCCGAAUAUAUCAGCAACAACAACAGGGAUAUCAACAACAGCAGGAAUAUCAACAGCAGCAGGGAUAUCAACAACAACAAGGAUAUCAACAAGUACUAAACAAACUACAGCCUCAUAACCCAGUACUACAUGCAGAACAGUUGCAAAAAAAUCAACAACUGCAAUCACACUAUCCUCAGCCUUCGCCAGUGAAGGAAUCACAGCCCCAAGGUAUUGCAACUCAAGGUGCAAUUCACCAUCAGGGAUAUAUGCAGGCAACAAACUUUGGAGUGCAACUACAUAAUCAAGUUGGUAAUCAGCAAUCAGGCUAUCCAAUGGUGCCAAACGAAAGUGUGAAGCCCCAGAAUCAAGUAAACAAUCUUCAUGGAGGGCUGAGCAAACCACUGAUGGACGACAGAAGAUUACAAUUUCAAAACCAAGGUAAUAAUCAGCCACUACCACAACAAAGGUACAUGCAGAUAAUAGAUAAUGGAGCACAGCCUCAAGUGAACCACCAACAAUCCUCUCAAGGCUUUCCUAACAAGUUCCCAAAUCAGUUGAGUAGGGAGACUCCUCCUGUGAUACCUAACCAGGUUCAACAGAGAAAUGCAACUCAAAAGCAGCAAUCCAAUUCAUUUGGGAGAGGCAGGAAACCACCACCUCCAUAUCCAAAUGUCAAUCAGCAACAGCAGUUGCAACAGCAACAGCAACAUCAGUUACAUCAGCAGCAGCAACAACAGCUGCAACAGCAAAAACUGUUGCAACAGCAACAUCAGUUACAUCAGCAGCAGCAACAUCAGUUACAUCAGCAGCAGCAACAACAGCUGCAACAGCAACAGCAGUUGCAACAGCAACAUCAGUUACAUCUGCAGCAGCAACAACAGCAGCUGCAACAGAAACAUCAGUUACAACAGCAGCUGCAACAACAGCAACAGCAGCUGCAACAACAGCAACAGCAGCAGCAGCAGCAAAAGCAGCAGAGGUAUUUGAAGGCACCAGGUUUGGAACCACAAGCUACCCAGCAGACAACAUUCGAGCAGUUCCUCAGGCAACAGCUGGCAACACCGCCAGCACCCAUCAAUCAACAGUUGGCAACACCAACCAACCACCACCCAGUACUCAGUCAAACUCUAUCAACACCACCAGCACUGAAGAAACAGUUGCCAACACCUGUUCACAAGCCUCCCCAAUUGGCACAAAAUCUGUUAUCUCCUAUUCCAACCUUGAGCUAUCAUGGCAAUCAUGAAAUUGCCAAUAUAGGUCAUCCAAUGGCUUUGAAUAACCAAACUCAAUUUGCAAAUCAAGUGCGUAAACCUGUCAUGAGUCCAGCUCAAAAUGCUCACCAAGAGCAUAAACCUGUCGCAAAUACCUAUCAAGACUACCUGCAAAGCAAUUAUAAUCGAUACCCACCACAAAACCAUGCUCAACAAAUGAAUAGCCCACCAGCAGUACCUUCUCACCACGCUCAACUAAGUCCAAUGAAUAGCCCACCAAUGCAUUCUGUGACACAAACCAGGUACGAGACUCCACAAAAGGAUCCAUCUGUGAAUUUCAAGAUACGACUGCCCCUUUCUUCCCCUCGCACUGAUGUUACAGACCCAGUUGAUUCUAAAACUGGCAAGAAAGAUGAUUCUGUAAACCAGUUACCGAUCAAAAUCGGCAAAGGAGUCGAAUUGUUUCCUUCGCCAUCGAAGGGAGUCAGUGUCAUAAAGACCACACCCUCUCUCACCAUUUCACACCGUCCAGUUGGUGCACCAUCACCGGCCAAACCAGCUGAUAAUGGUGUCAUUCUACCUAGUAUGCCAAUCAUCACCGAACCAACUCCUCCACCUACUCCAACAGUCGAAGCGCCGACUGGUGUUGUUAGACUUGCAAGUGGCAGUGACGCUGAGAAAGUUGGCAUAGUAAUCAAGACUGAACCCACCGCUGAUGUUUACCCCACCCCUACGUCUGCAGCAUCGAACGCACAAGAGGCAGUCGCUUCACCAGGCACAACACCAAUCAAAGAGAACCCAACAAACACAACUUCCGAAACAGCUGACUUCAAUAUCAAAACUGAAGUUCCUUCUGAUUUUGUGUCUGUUUUUGGGACAUGCAGCCGGAGUAACUGUUCCAAGCCGGCCAUGUGCCUUUGCAGUGUUUGUCAGAAGGCGGUUUAUUGUGGCAAUGAAUGUCAGCAAGCUGACUGGGAAGACCAACACAUGUUAACGUGUGGGAAAGAUUGAACCCUCUUCUAAUCCAGUCUCCAUCCACAAUAUUCAUAUGAGAGAUGUUUUCCAGUGAUAACUGAUGCGUUGGUUUACUUAGCGCCAAUUUAUCAUCUAAUCACUCAUAUAAUCUCGAUAUUUUCUCAUUUUUCUACCAAUUCAAUGUCCAAGAUUCAAACAAAAUGCGAUUUGCAACAAUUUACGAAUUCUUGGCUAUUUUUUUUCAAUAAUUUAGUGCAAUCGUUCAGGAAUAUUUCCUGAUUCACGUUACCAUAUAUUACACAGAGGUGCAAAUUUCUAUAUUUAAAUAAUGUAUUAUUUGAUAAUUGUGAAGCUGAAAUUUUAGCUAUGAAUCUGUCAUUAAAUACAUUGUCAUUACUGAUCGUGUUAAUUACUGCAGGAAAUAUUUCAUUUCAGUGAGAAAUAUUUUAUUUAAAUCAAUUUUCAUGAUCUAUUUUAAUUUUGUUUUUUAAAUGAAAUGAAAAUAGAGUUAGAUCUUUCAAGUCCUCUUUUUAUCAAUCGACCUUGUGAAGAAGGUCUCCCUAUUUUGUAAAGUUUGUAUGGGCAGUUUCUUGAAGUAGAUUUGGAAAUGUUUUUUUUCAAAUUUGUUACCCAGCUUUGUGCAAUAGUUGUAAAUGUAAAACAUUUAUUACUGUGAUCAAGUACCUAUUUGGGAUUAUCUAGAUUCAGUUGGGAAAAGAGUUUAUAUAUAACGACAAAUUUAUGUCAAGUUUUGUACAGGUAUAUACGUAUAUUACAGGGAAAAUUAUUCUAUAGGUAUAGUUAUCUCUUUUGUGAAAAAAAUAAUCAAACUGUUGAUUUUCCCAACUGUGAGUGUAUUGAAGAAUCAGUUUUAUUUUUGAAAUUUUAUUUCAAGUUAUUAUUCUUAUAAAUCUUGAAAUUUUCAAAGUGUAAUCAAUUAUUAGUUUCAUUUUUGAAAUUUGAUUAUAAGGUAUCCUUAUGAAACUAGAUCGUUGGAUCAAACCUAUUUCUAUUAUUUCCCUAAUGAAUAAUUAGAUUCUCGGAAAACAGUUCAUUUCUGUUGGCGAAAGCCUGAUCUCCUUCUUACUAUUUGUGUAAAAAUUUGAUUUUGUAAAUAUAUCUCAUUCGUAGCUUUUGUAAAUAGUUUUACUUUCAAUGAAAUUUGAUUAUUUUUCUAUUUUUGCUGCUGUAAUACAUGUCUCACCAAUUUUGGAUCAUGUGAAAUACAAGUUCAAUAACCAAUUGAACACCGUAGCUGAUGCAUUUUGAUCUUGGUCAGUUCUAUUCAAAUUUGAUAGAUUCUGAUCAGUGAUCGUCGUAAUGCUAUUCUGAAUCCAGUUACACACGAUUUUUGGACGGUCGAAUGUUUGCCGUCCUUGUAAAUUCUACCAUACUAAACAGAGCUUGGCAAACACAUGCUGUGUGCAGAUGCACUCAAUUUGUUUGCCAGGUUAUGUUCAAGUACGGAAAAAAUCGUACGCCCAAAAAUCGAUGUUUGUGUAAUAAAUGUGAGUUUUCCAGAUCCUCUCUUCGGUUCUAAUCAUUUUCGAUAUUUCAACCAAUUUAUGAAUAAUUAUAUAGGCCUAAGUGGAAGCUAUUCUUCUGAUGUAUAGUCUUAGAAGUUAUGCAGACUAUGUCCAUGGACUAAUUGUUGUGAAAUAAAUGUUAAUUAUAUAAAUUGAUAAUAUAACCAUGGCGUAGUAAACAUACUAACUGAUGUUUUUUCUCGUUGCAUUCAAGUUUUUUUGAAUAACUAAUGGGAAAAGCUCAAAAAUCCAAAAACAUUCUUUAUUUUCUCGUUCCUCGCACACAGGCUUUGCCCAUGUGAGGAACCUUUUUCAAUUUUUGUAUAUGUAUAUUUUUUGUACUUUCUACUUCUUAGUAGAAUAAAGAUAAUUUCAAUUUCAAUGUUACAGCUUAUUAUAGCUUUAGUAAGUGGUUUUAGUAGAUAAGGGUUAUAAGUUUAGCUCUCAUAAGCUAUUUACCCAACAUUUAAUACGAUUUUGUAAACUAGUCUACUGAGAAUGGUGAUGAAGUGUUAGAGGAAAAGACAGAUUAGAAGAAGGAUGUAAAGGAAAAAGACAAUUAUUUGUUGUUUCUAUUUAUAAAAUAACUUUCCUGGCUUUUGUAUACUGUCCAUUUUUACAAGCCAAAAUGACUAUUACCUUUUUAUACUACUUAUAAAUAUUAAGAGAUGUUUACUUUCUUGUUUAAGGCUACUUUUAUGUAGAUUAUUUCUACUUUGAUUUUUAGCUUUUAUAUUAGGAUAUGUAUCAUCAUUGAACUAUGUGAGUUGAUUGAAUGUUGAAUGAUUUUUAUGAUAGGGUGACUAGUUGAAUGAGUCUUUCCCUUUUACAUAUUGUGAAGUGACUAGUAGAAUGAGUCUUUCCCUUUUACAUGUGAACUGUACCAAGAAAAAUAUGUUUGAUAUGCAUGACCCACUAGCUAGUGUUCGUCUGGAUGUAAUGCAAUUCAAUCGAUAUGAUCAAAUUUCGUAUAAUAAAUGUUGAUAGGAGAUAAGCGGUGUUUCUCCAUGUGUCUAUCUCCGAGCUUUAUAAUGACGUAUUGAUAAUUUUUGUAAAGUUUCUCAGUUGAAGGUUUUUCUUUUAUUUUUGAUACUGUAUUGAGAUGAUCUGCUAAUUUUACAGACUUUAGUAUUGUUGAGAUGUAUUUGGUUCUUUAUAAUUUUAGAUUUUGGAAUAAAUUUUAGUUUAAUUACCCUUAAAUUUAGUUAUCAAAUUUAUUUAUCUCACAUUGAGAUUCUUUACUAGUAAUUUUUACUCUAUGAUUUUUGUUGUCAAUCUGGAAAAUUUUUCUUUGUGAAUAAAGCGGAAAUAUAUUUCAUUUUUUUAAACUUC